AUGGUUCAGGAGUCACAGACAUCUCGGAUCACGCAGAUACAAGUUCGAGUUGACUGUAACGGAUGCGCGCAGAAGAUCAAGAAAGCACUCAAUGACAUCAACGGUAUACAUGAUCUUCGUAUCGACUUGGAUCGACAAAGGCUAACAAUUAUUGGAUGGGCGGAUCCAGAAAAAAUUGUAAAAGCAAUUAAGAACAAGGCAAGGAAGAAUGCCACUAUUAUUUGUUCUGAUAUUGAAAAAUCUUCAUCUAAAGCAACAAAACCAAAACCAAAACCAAAUCCAAAUGCACCAGACCUAGAUGCAACACCACAAGCUCGCAGUACCUCCUCUCCUGAACCAAUGCUUGAGGCAACACCCUCAUUGCCAACACCUACAUGGCACAAUGCUAGACAACAGUGGCAGAACAAUCCAGAAAGCGAAGAUGUAGAACAGGUUCAUAUGACGCAGCACAAUGCUAGACAACAGUGGCAGAACAAUACAGAAACUGAAGAUGUAGAACAGGUUCAUCUGACACGCUGUCAUCAACCUACAUGGCUGAACUAUGUCAACAGGUUUAGUUCUGGCAACAACUGUGUUAGGGACAGACGAUACAAUAAUGGCCCUGCAUUCCUACCAGAGUCAUCUGGAUUCCAACCAUUGAAUGUCACGCAUAGUUAUAAUACAUACAUGCCAUCAUCUUAUGUUACUGAAUAUGAAUGUGUGAGAUCAUCAUCAUGGCACACACAAUACAACUAUAUGGAGCACUACAGCGGAGUUUACAAUAACAACAAUGUAGACAUAGACAUUGGAGCCAUGUUCAGCGAUGACAAUCCAAAUGCAUGUACAAUAGUCUAG